AGAACCCCAUGUGGCGUUUGGCUCUCUCCUCCUCCCGUUCGCCCCAGUCCCUCAUCCUGAGUCAGACGCUGGGGCCAAAAGUCUGGGAAAGCCGUAAGUCUGGCUGCCUAUUUAGCGUGUAGUAGUGAGUACUCGGUUUCCGGAGGUAUUUAAGCAAAGACUGGAGUUUGGCGGUGGUGGAGUAUAAGCCUUCCUAAACUGGAUAAUGCAGUAGACAAGCCCUUUUAAAAGACCCUUGUAGCCGUGAAGAGUAUGAUGUAGAGUUUGGUCGGAGAACAUCAACCUCCAGCAACAACCCCGCCGUCACUUCCUACUCAAAACUAAAAUACAGUAGAGAGUGGGUCAGUUUUCAGUAUCUGUGGCGUGACAGUCACUGAGGUAGAUCUGCAGAAGCUUCGCUCUAAUCACGCAGGCCUUGUCGGUACUUCCUGGUUCUCAUGCUCUUGGUCUGCAUCUUCUAGGGCUCUUUGAGUACACGCCUCCUCGGAUGCAAAAACCUUUUCAGUUUCUAAAGAAGGCAGUUCCUCAUCAGCUACUCAGAACCAAGAAAAAUUUGCCAAAUCUCUGUAGAAACGCAAAUUUGGGCCUGGAAAUCCCGGGAGCAAGUGUCAAUUUGUCACUCCUUAAGGACAUGAAAGUCCCAGAAACUUGAUGGUGGUGAAGUGCUGGCGGUUAUUUAGAAAGACUGACAAUCUAAAAGAUUGCCUGGGGCCUUGGCCUGAGAUCUGGGAGCCUGUGAAGUGACUGGGAAGCCAUGGACGCAGCUGAGAAAGAGGAAAUCAGUGUUGAAGAUGAAGCUGUGGAUAAAAACAUUUUCAAAGACUGCAGCAAGAUUGCUUUCUACAGGCGUCUGUAUACUCCAAAUCUGUAGGCGUCAGAAACAGCGGCUCUCCAAGCAGUCUACCUAUCGGGCAUUACUAGACUCAGUCACGGCAGGCAAAGAGAGCACCAGGUUCCAAAUCAUCAACGAAGCAGCUAAGGUUCCUCUCCUGGCUGAAGUUUAUGGUAUAGAGGGAAAUAUUUUCAGGCUUAAAAUCAAUGAAGAAACACCCUUGAAACCCAGAUAUGAAGUUCCUGAUGUCCUCACAAGCAAGCCAAGCCCUGUAAGGCUGAUUUCAUGCUCAGGGGAUACAGGCAGUCUCGUAUUGGCAAAUGGAAAAGGAGAUCUGAAGUGUCGCAUCACAGCAAACCCAUUCAAGAUAGACUUGGUAUCUGAAGAAGAGGUUGUGAUGAGCAUAAACUCCCUGGGCCAAUUGUACUUUGAGCAGCUGCAGAUUCCUCCCAAGCAAAGCAGAGCUACCGAGGAAAAUGAGGAGGAUACAUCAGAUGACACCACUCAGGAAAAUCAAGAGGAACUGGGCCUGUGGGAGGAGAAAUUCAGAAAUUUUGUGGAUGUCAAAGAUAAUGGUCCUGCCUCCAUUGGUUUGGAUUUCUCCUUGCAUGGGUUUGAGCAUGUCUAUGGGAUCCCGCAACAUGCAGAAUCACACCAACUUAAAAAUACCAGUGAUGGAGAUGCUUACCGUCUUUAUAACCUAGAUGUCUAUGGAUAUAAAAUACAUGACAAAAUGGGCAUUUAUGGUUCAGUGCCUUAUCUCCUGGCCCACAAACUGGGCAGGACUCUAGGCAUUUUUUGGCUAAAUGCCUCAGAAACACUAGUGGAGAUCAAUACAGAACCUACUGUAAAGUAUGCAUUGACCCAGAUGGGCCCAGUUGCUGCUAAACAAAAGGUCAGAUCUCAAACUGAUGUGCACUGGAUGUCAGAGAGUGGAAUCAUUGAUGUUUUUUUGCUGACAGGACCUACACCUUCUGACAUCUUCAAGCAGUACUCAUACCUUACAGGCACACAAGCCAUGCCCCCUCUCUUCUCCUUGGGGUACCAUCAGUGCCGCUGGAACUACGAAGAUGAGCAUGAUGUAAAGGCAGUGGAUGCAGGAUUUGAUGAACAUGACAUUCCUUACGAUGUCAUGUGGCUGGACAUCGAGCACACUGAAGGCAAGAGGUACUUCACCUGGGACAAGAAAAGAUUCCCAAACCCCAAAAGGAUGCAAGAGCUGCUCAGGAGCAAAAAACGUAAGCUUGUGGUCAUUAGUGACCCCCACAUCAAGAUUGAUCCCGACUACUCAGUGUAUGCUAAGGCCAAAGAACAGGGCUUCUUUGUGAGGAAUCAUGAAGGGGGAGACUUUGAAGGUGUAUGCUGGCCUGGUCUCUCCUCUUACCUGGAUUUUACCAGUCCCAAAGUCAGAGAGUGGUAUUCCAGUCUUUUUGCUUUCUCUGUUUAUCAGGGAUCUACUGACAUCCUCUACAUAUGGAACGACAUGAAUGAGCCCUCCGUCUUUAGAGGGCCAGAACUAACCAUGCAGAAGAAUGCCAUUCAUCAUGGCAACUGGGAGCACCGAGAACUUCACAACAUCUAUGGCUUUUAUCAGCAAAUGGCCACUGCAGAAGGACUGAUCCAACGAUCUAAAGGGAAGGAGAGACCCUUUGUUCUUACACGUUCUUUCUUUGCUGGAUCACAAAAAUAUGGUGCUGUGUGGACAGGUGACAACACAGCAGAGUGGAGUUACCUGAAAAUUUCUAUCCCUAUGUUACUCACCCUCAGCGUGACUGGGAUCUCUUUUUGUGGAGCGGAUGUAGGCGGCUUCAUCGGGAAUCCAGAGGCAGAGCUGCUAGUGCGGUGGUACCAGGCCGGAGCCUACCAGCCCUUCUUCCGUGGCCAUGCCACCAAGAACACCAAGCGACGGGAACCCUGGCUCUUUGGGGAGGAGCACACCCGGCUCAUCCAAGAAGCCAUCAGAGAGCGCUACACCCUCCUGCCCUACUGGUAUUCUCUGUUCUACUCUGCACACGUGGCUUCCCAACCCGUCAUGAGGCCUCUGUGGGUAGAGUUCCCUGAUGAAUUAGAGACUUUUGGUAUGGAAGAUGAAUACAUGCUGGGAAGCGCUUUAUUGAUUCACCCAGUCACAGAACCAAAAGCUACUGUGGUUGAUGUGUUUCUGCCAGGAUCAAAUGAGGUCUGGUAUGACUCUAAGACAUUUGCUUAUUGGGAAGGAGCAUGUACUGUAAAGAUCCCAGUAGCCUUGGACACGAUACCAGUGUUUCAACGAGGUGGAAGUGUGGUACCAAUAAAGACAACUAUAGGAAGAUCCACGGGCUGCAUGACUGAUUCCCCAUAUGGGCUCUGGGUGGCCCUAAGCACUAAGGGUUCUGCUGUGGGUGAAUUAUAUCUCGAUGAUGGUCAUUCAUUCCAAUACCUCCACCAGAAGCAGUUCUUGCACAGGAAGUUUUCAUUCGCCUCAGGUGUUUUGAUCAACAGGUCUAAAUCAUCCUGCGGAUCCUGGCUAUGGUGGACCUGGGGUGGUCAGUUCCUGACAGAAGUGAUCCCAGGAUGUAGGUUCCAGUUUGAACAGGAAAUUUGUGAGAAUCCCCGAUUUAUCAUUGGCGGAGCCAACAGAACUGACAUCUGUCAAGGAGAUCUAGGGGACUGCUGGUUUCUCGCAGCCAUCGCUUGCCUGACCCUGAACAAGCGACUGCUUUUCCGGGUCAUACCCCACGAACAGAGUUUCACCGAAGACUACGCGGGGAUCUUUCACUUCCAGUUCUGGCGCUAUGGAGACUGGGUGGACGUGGUUAUUGAUGACUGCCUGCCAACUUACAACAAUGAACUGGUUUUCACCAAAUCCAACCACCACAAUGAGUUCUGGAGUGCUCUGCUGGAGAAGGCUUAUGCUAAGCUCCAUGGUUCAUAUGAAGCCCUGAAAGGUGGGAACACUACAGAGGCCAUGGAGGACUUCACAGGAGGAGUAACAGAGUUUUUUGAAAUCAAGGAUGCUCCCAGAGACAUGUACAAGAUCAUGAAGAAAGCCAUCGAGAGGGGCUCCCUCAUGGGUUGCUCCAUUGAUGAUGGCACAAACAUGACCUAUGGAACCUCUCCUUCUGGUCUGAACAUGAGGGACUUGAUUGAGCGGAUGGUGAGGAAUAUGAAUAACUCGCAUCUCAGGGAUUCAGACCUCAUCCCUGAGGGAUGCUCAGAUGACAGACCGACCCGGACAAUUGUUCCAGUUCAGUACGAGACAAGAAUGGCCUGCGGGCUGGUCAAAGGCCACGCCUACUCAGUCACUGGGCUGGAGGAGGCCCUGUACAAGGGUGAGAAAGUGAAGCUGGUGCGGCUGCGGAACCCCUGGGGCCAGGUGGAGUGGAAUGGCUCCUGGAGUGACAGUUGGAAGGACUGGAGCUUUGUGGGCAAGAAUGAGAAGGCCCGUCUGCAACACCAGGUCACAGAGGAUGGAGAGUUCUGGAUGUCCUAUGACGAUUUCAUCUACCAUUUCACAAAGCUGGAGAUCUGCAACCUCACAGCUGAUGCCCUGGAGUCCGACAAGCUUCAGACUUGGACAGUGUCCGUGAACGAGGGCCGCUGGGUGAGGGGCUGCUCUGCUGGAGGCUGCCGCAACUUCCCAGACACUUUCUGGACCAACCCUCAGUACCGUCUGAAGCUCCUGGAGGAGGACGACGACCCUGACGACUCCGAGGUGAUCUGCAGCUUCCUGGUGGCCCUGAUGCAGAAGAACCGGCGGAAGGACCGGAAGCUGGGGGCCAACCUCUUCACCAUCGGCUUUGCCAUCUACGAGGUUCCCAAAGAGAUGCACGGGAACAAGCAGCACCUGCAGAAGGACUUCUUCCUGUACAACGCCUCCAAGGCCAGGAGCAAAACCUACAUCAACAUGCGGGAGGUGUCUGAGCGCUUCCGCCUGCCUCCCAGCGAGUACGUCAUUGUGCCCUCCACCUACAAGCCCCACCAGGAGGGAGAAUUCAUCCUCCGGGUCUUCUCUGAAAAGAGGAACCUCUCUGAGGAAGUUGAGAAUACAAUCUCCGUGGAUCGGCUAGUGAAGAAGAAAAAACCCAAGCCUAUCAUCUUCGUUUCAGACAGAGCAAACAGCAACAAGGAGCUGGGUGUGGACCAGGAAUCAGAGGAGGGCAAAGAUAAAACAAGCCCUGAUAAGCAAGCGAAAUCCCCACAGUCAGAGCCCAGCAACGCUGACCAGGAAAGUGAGGAACAGCAGCGAUUCCAGAACAUUUUCAGGCAGAUAGCAGGCGAUGACAUGGAGGUCUGUGCAGAUGAGCUCAAGAAUAUCCUUAACAGAGUUGUGAACAAACAUAAAGACCUGAAGACACAAGGCUUCACGCUGGAGUCCUGCCGUAGCAUGAUUGCUCUCAUGGACACAGACGGCUCUGGGAGACUGAACCUGCAAGAGUUCCAUCACCUCUGGAAGAAGAUUAAGGCCUGGCAGAAAAUUUUCAAGCACUAUGACACAGACCAAUCCGGCACCAUCAACAGCUACGAGAUGCGAAAUGCAGUCAAUGACGCAGGCUUCCACCUCAACAACCAGCUCUACGACAUCAUCACCAUGCGCUAUGCAGACAAGUACAUGAACAUCGACUUCGACAGUUUCAUCUGCUGCUUCGUCAGGCUGGAGGGCAUGUUCAGAGCUUUUAAUGCAUUUGACAAGGAUGGUGACGGUAUCAUCAAACUCAACGUUCUAGAGUGGCUGCAGCUCACCAUGUAUGCCUGAACCAAGCUGGCCUCAUCCAAGGCCAUGCAGGAUCACUCAGGAUUUCAAUUUCACCCAACAGAGCUAGAGCCACUUACCUCAAAGGACACAGUAGCUGCGCCCCCAGACCUCCAGGCACCUCAUCGGUCUUGUUCCUCCUCUACUCACUUCCUUCUCAGCCUCAGGGUAUCUGUCCAUCUGUCAUGCCCAGCCUCACCCUUUAGUUAAGGAAUGGGGAAGGGAGAACAACUCUGUCCCUGUGCCACAUGGAGGCAAGUGUCUCUGUCUGCCUCAGCUAGCCACGGCCCAGUGACAGCUUUGCUUGGAGUCUGAGUGGCCUCAGCUCUGAAGCAAAUACUCCCUUUAGCUUGCCCUCGGCUGUUCGCAGAAGCAUUUGCCAGUGGCACUCAACACUUCCUGGUGCUAGAGCCCUCUAUCACCUUUAUAUUCUCCCACUCAUGGGACAGCAGCCCAAUGAGCAUUUGGUUCUGCCUGACUGUUUCAGGAUGGGCCUGCUCCAGAGUAAACUAGCUCAGUGGAAGAGGGUUGGACACUUCGGGUUAUCUGACUCAUAAGUUUGGUUGCAUUUUGAAAAAAGUUGAUCUAAAUAAAGGCACCUGUAUAGCUGGC